AUAGACUUGAUGGAGCUGUUAUCUUGCUCAGCUCUGAAAAACACACUAUAAAACUCCACGGAUAGUUUUAAUUCAAUAUAGUCCUUUGCACAAUUUUCAGCAUUAUACUAUAAUAGCUAUAUUAUCUUGGUGUGGACUAAUUUUGAAUGUCCAAACAGGAAAUUGAUUUGACAGCAUGGGGCAGCUGAGAUUACAUGCCAGCCAGCCCAGUACCGUUUAUGAUCAUCCCAGCAGCAGUCAACACGGAGCCCGGGCACGGCAGAGUGCACAGCUGCAGCGGUGUGUCUUUGAACAGUCCGGACCAGAGCUAGUCAACCUGAAGCUGCUUUGUUACGGACCAUACUCGUGCUCAGAACGGUCCGGUAUACAGAUGUUAGCAGCUGUGCAGGAUGAAUCCGCUAAUCCGGUGUAAUAGUCUGACGUCGGAGCAUCGUUGUAUCAAUGUACUGGAUCUAACGAGCUACGGCCGGACAGUGGGCGACAUGACGGAGGAAGCGACUAUCCGCCAGCAAAGCUCGGAGAAUAACUCCGUGAGCAGCAGCGAGUGGGACAUGGCAAAUGAUGUGUUUUUGUCCAGCUACGAGGACAGUGCUGCUGCUGCUGAGGACCAGGAUCCAGCGCAGCCCGUCUUGGAAAGACACCUGCCGCUGUUAUCCCAGGGUGGCAUGAUGCUGGGCCUGACCGGGGAGGAAUAUCCGGCCUCAUCUUAUCUGGAUAUGGACCCAAACUAUACUGAAAGUGAUGGGAACGUCGCAACCCAUAAGCGCAUACGGUCCAACAGCUCCAGGCACCGCGGUGACAUCGUCACGGAGCUGGGGCCAGAGGAGGUCCGCUGGUUUUACAAAGAGGACAAGCGGACGUGGAAGCCAUUCGUCGGGCACGACUCUUUAAAAAUCGAGAUUGUUUAUCGGAGAUUCUGCGAGCAAAACCCAAACAAAGUCAAACGUCCCGUAGAUCCCACCGAGGCCGAGGGGAAGGAGACGAGCAUGUCCUACGAGAUCGAGUCGGAAAGCGGGGCUGGGAACGAUGGAGGUGUCCGGGCGGAGCCGCCGGUGAAUCGGGGCGGAGGACAGCGGCGCUCGGCGUCAGAUGAGGUGAAGGAUCAGGACGACAUCAGUGUGGAGGCAGUGUGUGUCAGAGGGGGGCUCUAUGAAGUGGACAUCAGAGAGAAGGAAUGCUAUCCCGUUUACUGGAACCAGCAAGACCGUAUUCCUGUGAUGAGGGGUCAGUGGUUCAUCGAUGGAACGUGGCUUCCCCUGGAGGAGGAUGAGAGUGACCUUAUCGAGUUAGAGCACCUCACUUGUUAUCGGGGGCAACAGAUGAAGGACACAUAUGAGAUGGAGGCGGCGACCACCACCGUGGACAGCAAGGAUGGUGAGGACUCUGAAACAGCAAUCCACAGUCUGAAGCUGAGCAGGAGUCAUGUGGACUGGCACAGUGUGGACGAGGUUUACCUGUACAGCGACGCCACCACCUCCAAGAUCGCACGCACCGUCACUCAGAAACUGGGCUUCUCCAAAGCCUCAAGCAGUGGGACACGUCUCCAUCAGGGGUAUGUGGAGGAGGCAGCACCUGAAGACACCCCACCUGAAACCACACACAUUGUCUUUGUUGUGCAUGGCAUUGGCCAGAAGAUGGAUCAAGGCCGCAUCAUCAGGAAUACCAGCAUGAUGAGAGAUGCUGCCAGGAAGAUGGAGGAGAAGCACUUUUCUGAUCGAACCACAGAGCAUGUAGAGUUCCUUCCUGUGGAGUGGAGGUCGAAACUGGCUUUGGAUGGAGACACGGUGGACUCCAUCACUCCAGACAAAGUGCGAGGUCUAAGAGACAUGCUGAACAGCAGUGCCAUGGACAUCAUGUACUACACCAGCCCUCUGUACAGAGAUGAGAUUAACAGGGGUUUGACUCUGGAGCUGAAUCGGCUCUACUCACUCUUCUGCUCGCGCAAUCCAGACUUUGAGAAAAAUGGGAAAGUUUCCAUAGUGUCACAUUCGCUGGGCUGCGUUAUCACGUUUGACAUCAUGACAGGAUGGGACCCUGUGCGCUUUCAUCAUCAAGAAGCGCCAGAUCCAGAUGAAACAAAAGACCGCUGGCCAAGUGACGAAGAGCGCCACCUUCAGGAGCAGUUGAGACUCACACGCCUCAGGUUGAGGGACUUGGAGGAUCAGUUCCAAGGUCUACAGACCUCAUCUUGUGUUGCAGUGCCGGCCUUGAAAUUCAAGGUAGAAAAUUUCUUCUGCAUGGGUUCCCCUCUGGCGGUUUUCUUGGCAUUACGAGGGAUCCGGCCUGGAAACAAUACUGUACAGGACCACAUCCUCCCGACAUCUGUCUGCAAACGCCUCUUCAACAUAUUCCAUCCCACAGACCCUGUGGCCUACAGAUUGGAGCCUCUGAUCUUAAAACACUACAGUAACAUUAGCCCGCUUCAAAUCCACUGGUACAACACCACCAGUCCCACACCGUACGACCAGAUCAGGCCAACGCUGCUCAACCCCCCGAAGGAGACUGCAUCUGUCUCAGACUCCGAGAGCAUCCCCAGCCCAUGCACCUCUCCGCCCCAGGCUAGAAGGCACUACGGAGAGUCUAUUACCAGCUUAGGCAAGGCCAGCAUCAUGGGUGCUGCAAGUCUUGGGAAAGGAAUAGGAGGAAUCCUCUUUUCCCACUUUUCCCGUUCAAGCAGCCAGGUGGGUGGAGUGGAGGAGGAGCCGUCAGACUGCGACGCAGGAGCUUCUGAAGUGGAAAACAUUGCAUCGGGAGAGGACGGAGCCACAGUGGUAGACAGUGAAGAGAAGGAGAAACAAGUAGAGGAGGAAAGGAGGGAGGUGGAGCCGACCAUGUCUCAGUCCAGCUCAGCUGUAAUGGACAGCACCUCGUUGGAAUUGGAGAAGCGCAUCGAUUUCGAGCUACGGGAGGGCCUGGUGGAGAGCCGCUAUUGGUCAGCAGUGACCUCACACACGGCUUAUUGGUGCUCUUAUGAUGUGGCUCUUUUCCUCCUUACCUUCAUGUACAGACCACAGGAACCACUUCAAUCUCCAGAAGAUAACACAGAUGCCUCGUAACAUAGUAGCAGAGUGACGCAUGGAAUCAUUAACACUCGGGUCAAUUCACUUUCUAUUCAUGCCUCUUGAAGUCUGACUGACUUCAUUCCUCAUUUUACAAUUUUAUUUAUAGAUUAAUUUGAUUUUACAAUAAUGAUACACUAUUUAAUAUAAAAUGUGGAAUACUUGAAGACCAAUUAUUAUUUUAAAAGAUGUUUUCAUUUUAACUACAGAUAAAUCUCUUCUGUUUUCUAAUAUCAUGUUAUUAUGUUAACUUAAUAUGAAUGGCACUAAAGGGCUGCUGUGCACUCGAGGAUAAUUGGGCCGAUUUGAGAGUGCAGAGUAACUUGUAGCAAUACUGCAGCAGCAGUGACAGCAAAGGUGGUGAUGGGAAAUUUCUUUCUGCUUAAAUAGACCAGCUGAUAAGGUGGGUGUGCAUUAUAGAUGGUUGUGGAGAGUGAGGUAUGUCACAUGAUGUAUGUCACAUGAUGUAUGUCACAGGAUGGAGCAGCGCAGCUCAAGUUGGCUGCCUGAACUAGCUCGCAGGCGUCGCUCCGCGAGCUUACUGGGUAGCGAAACCAAGCGAAUAUUUAGUACUUAGCUGCAGAUAAAAACAAUACAUUUGCAACUGACCUCUGAACACACAACCUCAUAUUUGCUUUUCUUCUGAAGUCAUGUAUAACCACACAAGUUUUCCACACUUAAAAUAAGAAGGUGGUGGUAAUGCUCCUAAAAGUUGUUUGCCUGUGGAAGUCUGUGGAAUCACCACUGUGAAAAUCUUUCCUAUAAAUGGCAAGUGUAAUGGUCUUACAUUCUGGCCAAAUUGACUAGUGUGUGCUGUCUGACUUUAUUAUAAUAUUGAAAAUUGGUCAAAUCUCUUAUGUCUGUGGUCUCCAACGUUUUUUUAAAUUGGUUAAAGGUCAAGUGUGUAAGAUUUAGGUCAAGGGGAUUUAAUGGCAAAAAUUGUAUAUAAAACACUCCUAGUGAUGUUUUCACUGGUGUGUACUAAUCUAAAUUUCUUGAAUUGUCUAAAUUAUACACCUUUUGAGUUUUAAUGACAACAGAAGGCUACCACAGGUUCUCAUGUAUGUUUGGAAGGGGAGGUUGAGUUGAGGGGUAUUGAGCUGCGACAUGCAACUUCACCGCUAGAUGUCACUACACACUGAACCUUUAAUAGUUGAAAAUCCUCUAGUAUCCACCAGGCAUAAAGAGGCUAUAAUUCUGAUAAAAAUGAUUGAGGAUAUGUGCUGCACAAGAUACAACAGUUAACUUUGACAGUAAUACAUAAUCAACAUGAAGUGAAAUAGAUAGCAAACUCAAAUCAAUCAAUCAAAUUUUAUUUGUAUAGCCCAUAUUCACAAAUCACAAUUCUCAUAUGGCUUUAACAUUUUGUGACAUCCUCUGUCCUUAACCCUCAGCAAGAGUAAGGAAAAACUACUAAACACCCUUUUAACAGGGUAAAAAUACGUAGAAACCUCAGAGAGAGCCACAUGUGAGGGAUCCCUCUCCCAGGACGGACAGAAGUGCAAUAGAUGUCAGCUAUAGGAAAACAUCAUCAAGAUUAAAGUUUUUAGCAGCAUUGAUGAGGGUAAACAUUUUGAAGGAUAACUUCAAUACUAUAUGUCAAGCAGUCCUGCUGCAAUCAUAGUCUAUGGUCAGCAGCCAGCAAGAUCAUGAUCCGCCAUCCAGAUCAGAUGCCACUAUAGUCCACAGGCAUUGUCCAUUGCCGCUUAUUAGGAUCCAUCGUCAGCCGCCGCCUCGGUUGUGGUCCACCACCAUUAUAUGAUAACAACCCGACACAGGAUCCGCCCUUACGACUACGAUCAGCCCGCAUGAUAUAGAAUCCGCCAUACUGGUUCCACCAUUGCGACCUCUAAUGCGCGAUCCACAAAUCGUAAUCCAUGGUGCGGCCACGGCGGGCCCGGAUCUGCGGGCGAUAAAGCAAAGGGACUCGGGGAAGGGGUCAAGUCAGUAACAUGUAAUGAUGAGGUGUGACUUACUUCGAUGUGAUAGGGAUGAAGAAGAGGAAGGAGAAGCUGGAAAUAGAAGCUCUGUUUGUCAUGUGUCAUAAAUUCCCUUUGCGUCUUAGCGUCAUCAGGGUUUUUUGCCUUGUAAUCAAUUAUACAAUGAUACAGGCCGAACUUGGGGGUACACUGAGGCUCAAGGUAAGAAAUGUGCUCUCUUUUCUUGGUUCUCGUCAGGACACGUGCUGCGGAAUUUUGGACAAGCUGUAGAGUCUUUAACGACUUACUGCUGGAGCCUGAUAGUAAUGAAUUACAAUAGUCCAGUCUCGAUCUAACAAAGGCGUGGACUAGUUUUUCUGCAUCUUUUUGCAAAAGGACAUGUCUAAUUUUUUAGAUAUUACGCAAGUGGAAAAAGGCUGUCCUAGAAAUUUGUUUUAAGUGUGAAUUAAAGGACAAAUCAGGAUCAAAGAUCACUCCCAAGUUCCUGACUGUGUCAUUGGAAGCAAGGGCAAUGUCGUCUAGCGCAGCUAUAUCAUUAGAUAAUGUAUCUCUAAGGUGUUUGGGGCCAAGUAUUAUAACCUCUGUUUUAUCUGAGUUUAAAAAGAGAAAAUUGCGGAUCAUCCAGGUUUUUAUAUCCCUGAGACAUGCUUGAAGUUUAGUUUAUUGAAUACUUUGUUCAGGUUUUAAUGACAAGUAUAACUGGGUGUCAUCCGCAUAGCAGUAGAAAUUUACCGAGUGUGUCCUGAUAAUGUUUCCUAGUGGAAGCAUAUAUAAUGAGAAUAAAGUUGGGCCGAGCACAGAGCCCUGUGGAACACCAUGGUUAACUUUGGUGCGCACAGAUGACUCAUCAUUAAUUUGCACGAAUUGGGAGCGAUCAGAAAAAUAAGAUUUAAACCAGUUAAGGGCAGUUCCAUUAAUGUUAAUUAACUGUUUAAGUCUUUGUAAUAAAAUUUGAUGGUCAAUUAUGUUGAAUGCUGCACUGAGAUCUAACAGAACAAAGACAUACACAAGUCCCUGAUCUGAAGCUAUUAGAAGGUCAUUAGUGACUUUUGCUAAGGCUGUCUCUGUGCUGUGAUUGGCUCUGAACCCAGACUGAAAGUGUUCAUAUAUAUUAUUUUCCUGGAGAAACAAAGGAAAAUAAUAGAUUAGAUAUUGGUCUGUAAUUGGCUAAAGCCUCUGGUUCUAGGGAGAGUUUUUUGAGAAGGGGUUUGAUUACAGCUAUUUUAAAAGACUGUGGUACAUUACCUGAUGAUAAUGACAGAUUGAUUGUAUUAAGUAAAGAACUAUCAAUAAGGAGGCACAAUUUCUUUAAGUAUAACAAAUGACUGCUAACACAAUGCCCUACACAUACCUAUUGAAUCUUAAAUCCGGAAUACUCACAAAAACAGUCAAUAUCUGAGUUAAAGCAGCAUCAAGGGAUUUUUUACCCUGUGGCGUGUUUACUCUAAUUGAAAUGUUUAUCAACAGGCAAGUUGUGCUGAUUGACAGAUGAUUGUCACCACAGUCCAAUAGUAACACAAACUACUACAUAUGUGUUGCUCAUUUGACUGAGGCAUCUUCCCUAAUCCUCACCUAUCUUUCAGACCGGAUUCAGUCGACACAUAUAGUUCAGUAAUGCAGGAACUAAACAAUAAAUGGAUAGCAUUAACGUACAUUUUCUAGUCUCAAUGGCCACUCAAAGUGCUUUACACUGUAAAUCAUAUUCACACACACAUUCAUGCAGCCCAUUAGCCCAUGGACACUUUGACACAUGGUCUGAAGCUCAUGUUGCUAUGAUUCAGUGGUGAUUGGAGAUAAGAUAUCCAUGACAAAAUAAUUACAUCAGAAAAUAGUUUUUAACAAUUAUUUAUUGAUCUUUUAGCAUUUGAACUUUUUAAGGAAGUGAAAUCAAACUUUUGCUUAAAUAAAGCUUGAUUUUGGAUAUGUGCCAUGUACAUAGAUUAUUGGCUUUGAUUAAUUAUGGCUGAGACAUGGAGACACGAGCACACAAACCAACACUGAACAUGCAGAUUCUGUGUGUUGUAGAAAAUUAAACAUUCAAGCCUGCCAUACAUGAAGCUUCUAAGUGAAUGUUUUUACAUUUGUGUUCAUUGUUAUGUUGUGAUACACUUAAAAUCCUGUUGUUAUUUAGAUUUUCUCAUAUUCGAUGUACAUAGUUUAGACUGUAAAAUUUGCAGUUGCAAAGAAGACAGGCCUUGACUCUGUAUACUGAUGUUCUGUUGUGACAGUGACAUUAUUUCUGAAUCCAGAACAGCUCUGCCUCAGAGAAUGGGUAGUUAUUCUCUUGUCCUGUUUUUCCCCCCUCUACCUCUACUAUUUUGCAGUAGCAGUUCUGAUGUGUUGAAAAUGCUAUUUAGUUUUUGAUUGUAUGUGUUGUUUGUUCAUUGACUGUUAUUCAGUACCUGCAAUUUCAUUUUCUGUGACUAUCAUUGUUUCUUAUGAAUAUUUGGAAAAAGUUAAAUAUCAAGUGAGUACAUUCAAAGAGAUUUACCAAUCAGACUCUACUUUAAAAUGUUGUUCUACUAUCUCAGUGGGGGCAGCAAAGACUAGAAACGAGUUAUGGAUUUUAUAUGAUUUUUGCAUCAAUAUGAAGAUGUUCCUAAGAACUGACAUUCUUCUCUGGUUAAAUGAUCUCUCCUUCUCUACAGCAGCAUGUAUAAACUGAUCAGCUCACAUAAAUAUGUUUACAGUGGUAAAAACUGUCAACAAUGAAAUUUAAUGAAACGUAAAAGCUAGACAAAUAGUACCGCUCUAAGCCACAUACAGUUAUAGAUAAAAAGUGCCACAAGGAUGAAUGAGGCAUUCACAACCCUAACCCUAAAUGAUUGGGACUGGCCUGCAUUGAUUAGUAAUUGAGAAGAACUUUUGAGUUGGCAGCUGGUGGUUACCCCCCUCCCCCAGGGCUUAAUUUGUCCUCGUUUACAUCUUCUUCUGUGGAGCACCCUACCGCUACCUGUGCCAAAUGUCAGCAACCCCAUGUGUGGUGUACUGGGGAUGUGACCCACUUUUAUUACUCACAUUUCUAUUUGUAUAUCUCAUUGGGCUUAAAAUGUUGUGACCUCUUGAGUCCUUAACCCUCAACUAGAGUAAGGAAAAACUACCCCCCCCACCCCCCCAAAAAAAACCUCAACAGGGGGAAAAAAAUCUAAUUAAAAUAAAGUUUUGAAAAAAGCCUGAAAGUAAAGUUUUACUGUUCUGUAAAUUCACAUAUGGCGAAAAGAUAUUUAUCUUUUGUGAUAGGACAUGACAGUACACUGUUUAUUUGUUAUGGAAAUUAUUGCCAUUCUGUUUCUCAAUCCCUCUUUCUCAAAUGAAAUGUUACUUUGCUGCUGAUCAGAGCGAAAACUGAGACGUUCUGGAGACAGGUUAGCUUCCUCAGCUGAGUGGAUGGAAAUAAAUGAGUCCUGCUUUGUCUAUUGUCAUUCUCACCCUCCCAGCCCUCUGUACUAUUACUACAUGAUGAGGUACUUUACCUUGAUAGAGCUUUGCUUUGUUUUUUAAUAAAAGUGGAAAUUCA